AGCUUGGCUACGGUCAGCUGUGGUCAGUCAGUCCACGAUGGCGAGUCGAGCUGUGCUGAUCAGCUGUUUAGUUUCCCUCGCUGGCGCACAGUUUGUGCCGCCAGAAGCUAUACUACAGGCUGGGUACCCUGCAGGUUUCCGUGCAUUUAUACCUGAUUUCCCAGGAUGUGAGAUGUUUGCAUUCCAUGGUAAGUUGAACAGUCCGUUUGUGGCUGACGAGCCGGGAGAUUUGUCCAAUGAGAUCCUGCGGCCCCAGGAUGGCUUUUGGACAUUCCAGGACCUCAACAUAGUCCUGACCCCCGGAGACAUCCUUCACUACUGGACUACCAUAGUCAAGGACAAAAUACCUUACCCCAGGAAAAACAUGACUUGGAAAGUGCCAGAUCCGGAUGAGUCAGUGGACCUUUUGGCACCCAUAACGCUAAAACCACCAAAGGCAAAGCCUACAAAGUCUCCGAAACCCGAAAGAAUGAGAGAAACCGAGCCAACAACACCAGAAGACGAGCCCACAACGCCACCAACAGAAGAAACUGAACCAACUAGUGCAGAGCCUUCUGAGUCGCCCUCUACUUCAGCUAAAACAACUGAAGCAACAACAACACAGAAGCCAACUACAACAACAAAGAAACCCCCAACAACAACAACAAAGAAGCCAACCACUGAGAAACCCAAAACAAACAAACCUAAGAAGAGCACUCCGGUGCCGGUAGAGGCUCAAAGUGCAGAAGAGAUUGAAGAAUUGACAACUCCACCCUCGCCUUUUGACAAACCUAUGGCAGGAGAGUUCCCUGAAGAACCCCCACUGUUCCCGUUCCCUUCCCUGUUUCCAAGGCCCUUUCCAAAACCAAUGAUGCCACCAAUCGGACCUGGGUUUGAAAUCUGCUCAAAUCCGUGGAAUUUUGAGGAAAGGCCUGGAGAAUCGAGGGCUGAAAAACUUGAAAGACAGGUGGCCAAACUGCAAUGUGAACUUUCAUUGUUUCAACGAGGUACCAACCAGCAAGCAAACCGAAUUGAGAACGAACUGACAGAUCUUAAGAAGCUCGUCUACGGAGCUGUGGCUAGAAUGGCAAGACUAGAAAAUCUGUUGCGCUCGGCUGCUUUUGGUUGAUCAUUGAAAUUUAGUUGUUAACGUUAUGAACUCUUGCAGGGUUAUUGUUGUCAAUAAACAACAAAUUAAAUAAGCUACACUGGUAAAUUGUUAAGAUCAUGUAAACAAUGUCUUGCAUAUUGCCCGGCAGAUGUUUCAGUAGUUGAGUUUUUGUAUAGGCCUAGUUGUCUAACUAUUUAAAACUUUUUUGUAUUGAACUGGAAAAAUGUCAGUGUAGUACAUAUUGUAUUUGCUGUAUUUAUUUAAUUUAUAAGAUGAACAAAUAAAUGUUUUCCAACCAUA